UUACCAAGAAGAGCUGAAAACACCUGAUGGUCUCUUUGGGGGAAGGUCCGCUCCACAUUACUCUCGGAAGAUAAAUCUACCUCCACGCUUCUUCAUCUGUGCCUUGUUCUUCGUUUCGUUUUCUCUUCUGAUAUAUACAAAAAAAGUUACAGAGCCAGGCUGAUCUCUCGCUUCUCUUCCCUUCAUCCAAAGAUUUGCUGAUAAGGAGACAUUGCACUAUACAUUUGAUUUUUUUACCUGUUUCUUAUUUAUUGUAUUUCUUUGCACUAACGAUGCACACCACGCAAAAGGACACGACCUACACGAAGAUUUUUGUCGGUGGUCUUCCCUACCACACCACGGAUUCAAGUCUCAGGAAAUAUUUCGAGGUGUUCGGGGAGAUCGAAGAGGCUGUGGUCAUCACCGACAGGCAGACCGGCAAGUCGAGGGGUUAUGGAUUCGUGACGAUGGCGGAUCGCUCGGCUGCAGACCGGGCCUGCAAGGACCCAAACCCGAUCAUUGAUGGCAGGAAGGCCAAUGUCAACUUGGCCUAUCUGGGAGCCAAGCCCAGAGUGAUGCAGCCAGGUUUCACCUUUGGAGUUCCCCAAAUCCACCCUGCGUUCAUCCAAAGGCCUUAUGGCAUCCCGGCUCACUACAUGUACCCUCAGGCCUUCGUGCAGCCUAGUGUGGUCAUCCCUCAUGUGCAGCCCACCGCCACUGCGCCUGCCACAGCUUCCUCACCCUACAUUGACUACACCGGAGCCGCCUACGCGCAGUAUUCUGCUGCGGCUGCCAGUGCCGCAGCUGCUGCUGCGGCAUACGAGCAGUAUCCCUAUGCCGCAUCCCCUGCAGCCGCAGGCUACGUUGCCACCGCCGGCUACGGCUACGCAGUCCAGCAGCCUUUAGCCACCGCCGCCCCGGGCUCGGCCGCCGCUGCAGCCGCUGCCUUUGGUCAGUAUCAGCCUCAGCAGCUGCAAGCCGACCGCAUGCAAUAGCAGCCAUUGCGACCACUGGACAUGCAGCGAGAGGAGGCCCGCCCCCAGCCACAGCUGACGGGUCAGGAGACGGAGCGAAGGAGGAAGGAAGAGGAAGUGGCUCUAAGGGCAGACGUGUCAGCGACUCAGAGGCAGAGUUGGUUUAAAAAGGUGGUGAUGGAGAUGAUGGUGGUUAUGAUGAGGGUGGUGGUAGUGAUGAUGAUGAUGAUGGUGAUGAUGAUGGUGAGGUGGGAACUUUAUACGCUAAUGUUCCAACUUGCUGUGCUUCAACCAAAAAAAAUUAGAAAAUGAAAAAAAUAUGCAGAACAAAUAAUGGAAGGUGAUUUACUUUUAUGUUGUUGUUAUUACUAUGCCUAUUAUUACUAUUAUCAUUACAAUUAUCAUUGUAGUAGAGUACUUAUUUCUAUAGAAGAAAUGCAGGAACUAAUCCCUGUGGUUGGUAUAGGUGUUCAACUAAGCCUUAAAGUCCUAUUGCUGUCUUUAACGUGAGUGUAGGAAACUGUUCUCUUGGAUAUUUGACGCCCUCAUAACAUUUAUAUUUAUUACUGUUAUUAUUACACAUUGAGGGCUUCUUGUUCUUUUUGUCUUUUCAAGUGUAUUUUUUGGAGUUAAUAUUUUCUGAUAAUCAGGGAAAUGGAACCGUUUCCAACGUGUUAGCUAUUAUUAUGUGAUGACCUCUGUCAGGAAGUCUAGGAGUCGUAACAUGUUGUGUCACACAUUUGAAGAACUAUCUUUUUAUCUUCCUGAUGCUGAAUGUCCCUUUUUUUUACUCUGUGUCUCGACCUCCUGAUCUAUGCAAAGCAAACAAAUCACCAGGAGACAAAAAAAACAAAGAAAAGACACAAAAAACUGAAAAAGUCUUCAACUCUGACUUGACUCUUGGACUAACAGGGGACCUGGCAAACCAAACAAAGGCACUGACAACAGGAGAGAGAGGUCGACAGCGGCUUCGGACAAUGAGAAACACAAAAUCAGUCGCUUUUUUCCACAUGUUUCACUCACACGUACUCCGAGAGUUGCACACAUAGCAGUCGAAAAAGACAAAGACGGCACAGUGGUGUUUCUCUCUGGCUCCGGGAUGGAUGGAGAGAAAGAAAAAGAGAAAGAAAGGAAAGAAAGGAAGAGGGAGAGCGAGCAGCUGCUGGUGGGGGUGGACAGAGCCGCCGCUCCAGCGCCACACAGACGGAUCACUCUGGAAAGAACGCAUCACUUGUGCUCGUUUGUUGAGCUGUCACAUUUUAAUCCCCCGGCCGGAGCCCAUUUGGGAACCAACUUUACACCCCUCCACCCCUCCACCCGACACAGAACCCCACAGCAGAGCCCCCCUCGCCCCCCCCUGCCAUUCAGCCCUGCAGCCGUCAGCACUUCCUUCUCUGUGCUGCCGCCGCCCGGUGUCAGGUACACACACUUUUCACCAAAACCCCCACAACAACUGGCCUGCCUCAUUGUCAAGAACAACCAGGUGGAGGAGGA